UAAUGGUUCUGAGGAGAUUCACACAAUAGUAUAAAAGUAUCUAUGCAUUUUGCAAAGUUGAAUCUUACACAAUAAAACCAUAGAAUACUGUGAUAGAUUACAAGUUUUUAUAAAAGAUUAUAUUUAGUUAGAACAUUAACUUAUAAUCCAUAAUAGAAAAUCAAAUUUGAUUCAUCAAACAAAUCAUUACUUUACUAUUACAAACCUUUGGUAUAUAUAAUUUCAAUAUAUAAUUCAGCUAUGGACUUAUCAGUUAUAAUAUUGGAUGUAUUUAUUCCCCAUGGUAUUAAUUGGAAAUGUAAUCAAACAUAAUCCUUGUAAGAUUUAAUUUAUAGAUGUUAGUUUAUUCAACAUUUCCUGCAGCAUUACCAAUGAUGUUUACUGUAGAAUUUUGGUGUAAGUUGAAUAAAAUAAACUAUAAUAGUAUUUUUGAGAUGGUUUAAGAAAUUCAAAUAUUUGAGAUAUGUUGUUUCUGAAGUCUAUUUACAUAAAGAUGGUUAAACAGUUGAAGUAGUAUUUGAAAAGAAAUUUUGGGUAAUAUAUAAAAAUCUCAAUAUAAAAUAGAGAAAAGUAAAAGAAUAAAAUGUUACCCAAAUAUUUUAUGUUACAAAUUUAAAGACUUUGAUUGGAGAUGAUAAAAGACCUUUGAAAGGAAAUCUAUUUCCAGAAUAAUGGCCUAUGAAAAAAGAAAUGUCAAAAAAAUGGAGAUGGUCAUUUGUUAAAUAUUAUCUUAAUCAAAAUAAUUUCUUAGUUUUUCCUACAAAUCCAAAUUAUAUUAAUGGUGAAGUAAUAAUUAAGUAGCUAUUAUUUAAAUAGAUUUUAAUUGCUGUAAUGAGUGGAAAGAUUAUAAAUACAUCAAAAUAAUAUGUAGAAGAUAUUGAAGGAGAUAUGUUAGAAAUGGUUGAAGAAGGUAAAAUUAAAUCAGAUAUAUUUAUUUGAUU